UACAACGAGUUAGCUUUGUUACAAUAUUCGAAUAUCGGUGGAAAUGUCUGCUUGAUAAGUAUAUUAAUGAGAAUGUAAUUAAUUACUUGCGACGGCUUUAUGCCAGUAAGGAGUCAUGGGCAAAAGCCUUUGUGCUUAAAUUAUUUACAGCUGGAAUGUCAUCUACUUCACGGGUUGAAAGCUAUAAUGCAAAGAAGACAAAAAAAACAGAAUACGCUUUAUUUCGUGCGUCAGUUCCUAAAGCGGCUUUGGUUGCGACAGCUGAUAGUAUUCUUCCAAAUGUUUGUAAAAUGCUAUGCAAGUAUCUAACUGUAGAAAUGCUUAAAAUUCAAGAAGAUCAAAUAAAACAAUCACUUCAAUAUCAUGCGACGAUAGUGGUUCAAGAAGAAUUGCAAAGAUUUCUUAACAUAAAUCUUGAUGAUCCUGCUUUAUUUGGUGAAAAUCUUACUGAUAUUAUUGCUAAGUCAAUGCUUGAUCUCAUCGAUACGAAUAAGAUUGUAGAAAUGUGGGGAGUUCGACGUGUUAUAUCAAAUGAAACACAGCAUUUUGUAAUACUAUUGAAUGAUGGAACACAUUUAUGUUCUUGUCUCGACCAUUGUAAUCGUGGAAUUGUUUGUCGCCAUUUUUUUCAGUCAGUAACAAUGGGCUGGAAUGGUUUAGUUCUUUAUCUUAAUGCUUUAAAUCAAGGUACCGUGUAUGAAAUGAAGGAUAUAAACCGCAAGACAAUAGAUGAACGUAAACUGUAUGGUGAAGCAUGGGGCAAGGCUAGGGCAGCUUUAAUGUUAAUGAAUCCUCAUAAACGUAAGGGUAAGGGUCGGCCCAAAGGAACUAAUAGAAUACGACGUGCUGAUGAGCUACCAAAAAAAGCAAAACGCAAGUUACACUGUAAGAUAUGUGGGGGCACUGGUCAUAAUCAG